UUGAGACCCCGUCAAGAAGAGGGGGGAGGCAGCAGCAGAAGGAGGUGCCAUCCAUGCCUUUGCUAUGAAAUGAGUGGUCUUAAGUGAGGCCAUUUGGGGGCCCACCUCCCACUACGACGAGGUCCCCUCACUACUCACCCCCCCCCCGCCUGGGAUUUAUAGCAUUUAGCGCCCUGUUACUUCUUCCAAAGCCAAGGACCAUCUUCCGCAAGCAGGCAUGAGCGCUGGAUGCGAAUCCAUCCAGAACAGCGGGGGCGGGAGCAGCAGUGGCAGCUCCAGCGCCCCCCGCAGGACACGGGCUCCUCGUGGGAGCGACGCCCAGGGCCAAGCCACCGACGACAUGGACGUCAACAGCAACGGCUCCAGCGGCAACGAGUCUCCCAGGGAUUCGCAUAGUAGUUCGCACAGCAGUGGCAACGGGAAGGACUCGGCUCUCCUGGACACCACGGAGAGCAACAAGAGCUCCAAUUCGCAGAGCCCGUCUCCUCCCAGCAGCUCCAUCGCUUACAGUCUUUUGAGUGGCGGCUCGGAGCAGGAUAAUCCUUCCACCAGCGGCUGCAG